AUGGAGCUGAACAGGACCCACCUGACUGAAUUUGUUCUCAGAGGAAUAACAGAUCGUCCAGAGCUGCAAGUCCCUCUGUUCCUGGUGUUCUUUCUCAUCUAUGUUACCACCAUGGUGGGCAACCUUGGCUUGAUCUUUCUCAUCUGGAAGGACCCUAAUCUUCACACACCCAUGUACCUUUUCCUUGGAAAUUUGGCCUUUGCUGAUGCCUGUACGUCAUCCUCUGUGACACCAAAGGUGCUCAUGAAAUUUUUAAAUAAGAAGGACAUGAUAUCCAUGGGUGAGUGUUUUGCUCAAUUUUAUUUUUUCUGUUUAAGUGCAACUGCAGAAUGUUUCAUCCUGGUAGCGAUGGCCUAUGACCGCUAUGUAGCCAUAUGCAACCCUCUGGUCUAUGUAGUGGUGAUGUCCAACAGACUCUGUAUUCAGUUCAUAAGUGUAUCCUAUCUACUUGGAUUUCUACAUGGCUUACUUCAUGUAGGAUUGUUAUUUAGGUUAACGUUUUGUAGUUCCAAUGUAAUAGAUCAUUUCUACUGUGAAAUCCUGCCACUCUAUAGAAUUUCUUGCACUGACCCAUCUAUCAAUGUACUGGUAGCUUUCAUUAUGGCUAUUUUAAUACAAGUGAGUACCUUUAUGAGUAUAAUAGUCUCCUAUGUCCGUGUCCUCUUUGCCAUCCUGAGAACAAAGUCUGAGAGGGGCAGAAGCAAAGCCUUCUCUACUUGCAGUUCCCACUUGUCAUCUGUGUCUUUGUUCUAUGGCACUCUCUUCAUCAUAUAUGUACUCUCUGGCUCUGACACAGAUAAUUAUGAGGGUAAAAUGUAUUCACUGUUCUAUACCAUUAUCAUUCCUCUGCUAAACCCCUUCAUUUACAGCCUAAGAAACAAAGAAGUCAUAGGAGCCUUGAGAAAACUCAGAGAAGGAUGA